CAGGAAGUAAACCAAACCUUAAAUUCGGACAUACCUUCAUCCCUUGGAAUGGCCCCUCCAGAGGGAGCAUUUUAGAGCUUUCGGACGCAGCCACAGAGUUUGAACUGUUUGCCCUAAGGAAGUACUUACGGAAAAUACUAUCCACUACCUGAUGGAUAAUAGCAGAAAUACAGAUUACCGGAAAAACUCAUCAUUAGCAGGGAAGCAUUUUCUCUUAAUUGACGAGUUAACUUGUCAAUGGCGGAAAAAGAGUUAAACCUCAGCAAAAAAAGGCUGCUAGCCAACAGAAAUACGUUGUAUAAUUGAAUAUGUUGUGUUUAAUUAAAAAGUUUUAUGUCAUACAUUUUCUUUUGGGGGGCACGGAUGGGUUCACUGAUGGGGAACUGAUUUACAAAAUUCCAGGUUUUUCUUUCUUUUCGUGUGUCAGCAUUUCCAAUUUUAUUCUUUUUUAACAGGCUCCCAUUCUUUGUGGCUGCUUGCGACUUACAUUAAAGGACAAACACCUUUUCCUAAAUUUAGUUGCUUGGUGAUGUUGGAUGAUGUCAGACUUCUCUAUUAUAAUGGUGACACAAGGACAUUCAUUCGAAGAGGAAACACAACAAAUGAAGAUGAUGUGUUGAAUUCUAAUCUUGUUCUCCAGAUAAGUGACUAUAUGCUGCCAGGUUUCAUUAAAAGAUUAGUUUGGAUUACAGACAACUUAAAUACAACUGACAUUAAAGAUGCUCUUGUUAUUCAAAGACUGGUUAUGUGUAAGCUGAAGGACAGUGGUGACCCGGGACAAAUGAUCGUACGAGAAGCUUUCCGAGGCACCACCACAGAUGAGUUGAGAUAUAUUGACAAGUAUUUUACAUACAACAGUACCUUAAAUGCCACAGCUGAGGUGGUGAAAUUUCAUCUUGACAUCUCGAUGUGGCGCCAUGAAAAUUUGUACUACCCACACUGCAUAACAACUCUAAAGGGUUACCUUAAAAAGAGAACAAACCAGGUAAAUAGAAAAGUAAAACCUAUAGUUAGACUACUCCACAAAGCAAACCCAGAUAGUAGAGGGUCUCGGGUGAUGUGUCUGGCAACAGGAUUUUAUCCUCGACACAUGAACCUGUUCAGAGAUGGACAGCCUGUAUCCGAUGAUGAGAUUACUGGAGGAGAUCUGCUGCCCAAUGAUGAUGGGACGUACCAGAUGAGGAAGAUCCUGAAGAUCAGUGAAGAAGAAAAGAAAGAGAAACACAAAUACACCUGCACCGCCACACAUCUCAAUCUGGACAACAAACUGGACAUCAGUUUGGAGUUGGAUCAUGGGACACCAUUUAAACCAGUGCUUUCCUCAGUGCUAACAGUUUUGGCAUUGGUUAUUAUCACUGUGGCUGCAGUUUUUAUAUGGAGAAAGAAACAUGCAGCUUCUUCUAAAGAUGAAUAUUCCUCUGCCUCUACUGAAGAAAUAGUGGACACAACAUCAUAGAGUUCAUGUUAUCUUUAUGACAUGAAGCCACAUGAAAGAAGCUGUCUUUUAUCAUGCCUUUUAGUUUGUCUGCACAAUUAUAUAUUAUAAUCAAUUUUCAAUCAUUAAUAGUUAAUUUAUCUUAUCUUAGGUACUGCCCAUUUUUGUAUUGUACUUCUUAUUAUAUAUCUAGUUUUUUAAUUUGUCUUGUGUUUUUCAUGUAUUUUAUUUUUGUACUAUGAUACUGUUUUGAGGGACUGCAGGUGUAAAAUAGCUCUUUAGCUAACUCUGGCGCAUUUACAUUUUGAGUGUAAACUAAAUAUGUUGAU